UCACAAUGAGCAAAGUGACAGCCUGUCUUCCAGCAACAGCCAAUGGGACAUCUCCAUUACUGAGCCUCUGGCCUGGAAAAGCCUGGUCUGUUGAACUGUGCCUUAGGGAAAGGAAGGACAAUAAAUCACAACAAGUAUAGCAGCAAGUACAUUAAAACAUCAUGAAGCCAAAGAUUGUGGUAAUUCUGCAGACAACACAUUGGGAUUUUCACAGGCAAAAGCUGGAUUUCGGUGCAUACACAGAACUGGCAGUUAAAUAAUUAACUUAAGAGAACAGGAAUACCUUUGUGGAUAUUCUCCGAGCUGUUCUUCUGUCCUUGGAAAUCCUUAUUGAAGAUCCUGAGUUACAGAUAAAUGGAUUUAUGCUAAUUAUAGACUGGAGCAAUUUCACAUUCAAACAAGCCUCUAAACUGACCCCCACCAUACUGAGACUGGCCAUAGAGGGCUUACAGGACAGCUUCCCUGCACGUUUUGGAGGCAUCCACUUUGUGAACCAGCCCUGGUAUAUCCACGCUUUAUACACCAUUAUAAAGCCAUUCCUGAAAGACAAGACCAGGAAAAGGAUCUUUCUUCAUGGGAACAAUUUGAACAAUCUGCAUCAGCUGAUCCACCCAGAAUACCUUCCAUCUGAGUUUGGGGGCACUCUGCCUCCCUAUGACAUGGGAACCUGGGCACGAAUAUUGCUUGGUCCAGAGUAUAAUGAUGACACGGAAUAUCCCUACAGCUAUUACAGUUCAAUGCUGGAUCACCAUGACGGGGAUUGUUCUCCCAAGCAGAUGAAGAGGUCACAGUCAGUGGUGGAACCAGGUGCCCUGAAGCAGGAGGACAAGGAUGAUGACAACACGCAGCCACUCCUGGCUCUGCACUGAACUAAAGGCAUCUCAUAGCUCACAGAAACAAUGGCAACUCCCCACUGGAUCUCAGUGAUGCAAACAUUAACGGAGCAUUUGCUUAACUCAAGUCACAUUCAACUAUCAGAAGUGUUUAUUCCAUUUUUCUUCAAAGACAAAAUUGUCAUCUUGUCUGAAUAUGAAGUCAAUAUGAGAAUGAGAAAUCAUUUAAAACAGUAUUCCUAAAGAACUUUGUAUCUGCUAUAGGUAACCAUGGUAACAGAUAUUGGUAUUUUGCCUAAGAAAGAGUGAAGGUAAAUUUUCAUUAAUGCAGAACUGUUUUUCUUGAUAACAGGCACGUACUAUUCAGAUGUGUUUGUGUCUUUUAGUAGUAACCAAGAAAGGAUGGGUUUUAUUUCAUAAGAGGACUCAAACUAAUAAAUGGAGUUUCACCCUGCCUUCUGUUCAUAAUAUUAAAGUGCCAAAGAUCCA